AUGAUAGAUCAUAAGCAACAACCAACAAAUUUAACUCAAAUGAAACAUACUUCAUUAAAUGGUCUAUUUACAGAUCAAAAAGAUAAUGCAACUAGUAAUUACAAAGAACCCUCUGAUUCCUCUUCUAUUGGUAAUCGUGGUAAUCGGUUUACUGCUUCUCGCAUUGUUCAUAGACGUCGAAAUCAAAGAAAGCUAAGACGUGAAAUUAAAUAUCCAUUAAAUCAUUAUAUGAAACGUUUACCAAUACAAAUCACAAAUGAUCCAUUCACAAUCCAACUUUUUAAUGGAUCUCCUUUUUAA